AUGAAGAUGAUGAAGGGCAAGCAUGUGGUCAUCACCGGCGGCUCCACUGGCAUUGGCUUCGCCUGUGCCAAACGUUUCCUGAGAGAGGGAGCCUCGGUUACCCUGAUGGCUCGGAACGCGGCCAAGCUGGAAGAGGCAGCACGGGAGCUGCAGCAGUAUACCAGGGAGUCUGCUCACAAUGGAACCAAUGGCUUUUUUCCUACUCCCAGAAUCUUCACUCAGGCAGUGGAUGUCUCUGAUGCCAAGGCGGUGCAGGCAGCCAUAGACGCAGCAGCAGCUGCGUGCCCCAUAGAUGUGCUGCUGUGCAACGCUGGAGUGGUGCGCACAGGCCAUGUGGAGGACAUUUCCGCACUGCAGGCCCAGGAGCAGGUCAACACGAACCUGCUGGGAAGCAUCUACCCUGUGCAGGCUGCAGUGCCGCUUUUGAAGGAGAGGGUUGCACAAGGAGCGGAGCCAGGUGCCAUUGUCUUCAUGUGCUCACUCUCUGCUCUGGGCGACGUGCUGCACUGGGUAGACCUCUUGAACCACUUCGACGCCUUCCUCGAAGCUUCCGUGAAAUCGCGCAAGGAUUUGCAGUUAGAGGGCCGGUUCGCGGGCGUGGAUCCGCCGUUCCCUCGGGAUGCGGUGCUGCAGGUGCUGCGGGUGUCGCGCGUUAUCCUCGAGAACUCCGUCAACAAGCACCUCUACGCGUCCGUUGAGCACGUGUGCACGCUGCUCGCGAGCACGGACCUGGACGUGCUGUCAGCGAGUCUCGAGCUGCUCUCAGUGUACGGCAAGAAGCCCUUCCAGCCAGGUCGCAGCACGCGCUGGCAUGCGGAUCCCGCCAUCACAGCGCGCCUCUUCGCCCUCGCGCAGGCCUGGGGCGGCAAGGAGGAGGGCCUUGGCAUGCUGCCCUGCGCGCUCCAAGGGGGCCUGGACGCGUCCGCUCUGUCCCUGGGAGGGACGUUGCACUUUGAGUUUUAUGCGGAGGGGCCUGCUGGAGUGGGGGCGGUGGGGCAGGGUCAGGGGCUGGGUGGGAGCGGUGGAGAGGGGUUAGAGGGUCAAGAGGACAAGGCUGGUGAGGCAUCGGCUGGUGCUCCCUCCGCUUCGCCCUCUCCUGCUGCACCUGCCGCUGCUUCGACAGGUCUAUCACCUGGUUUGAGGGUCAUCCACGUGCCUGGGGUGCAAGAGCACGUGCAGCUGCAGGGAAUCUCCGAGCUCGACUUUCUCCAGCGCCUGGUGGAUCAAUACUCCGUGCCCUCCGCCCUCCGCUUCUCCCUCCUCACCCGCCUCCGCUGCGCCUACUCCUUCCCGCUCCUCAACUCGCGCCGCCGCUUCCUCUGUGUGCGCCUGCUGGCCUUCCGAGUGCUGCUGCUCGCCACACCAGACCCGGACGAGCUCACUGCCUUCUUUGCCAACGAGCCUGAGUUCGUCCCGGAGCUAAUUUCGCUGCUCAAUGCGGAGAGCCUGGUGCCUGAGGAGGUUCGGAUGUACGCGCUGCUAGCCCUGGCUGCCAUGGCGCAGGACCGGCCACGCCAGUCCACGGUCCUCAGUGCAAUCAGCACUGGCGGGCACCGAGCCACCUUGCCAAGCCUGAUGCAGAGGACCGUGGCUCAGCUUGGGAAACCAGGAGGCUGCUCGCCGAAAUUUGUUGACGCGCUGUUGGUCCUCAUUGCUGCGCUGGUAUCCUCCUCGUCGGGUUGCACCGCUCUUCGGGAGGCAGGCUUAGUGCCGACCCUGCUGCCUUUGGUUCGGGACACCAAGCCUGAGCACAUGAGUCUGGUGACAUGGUCAGUGCAGAUCCUCGAGGCCUUCAUGGAUUUCUCCAACCCUGCAGCAGCACUCUUUAGGGAAAUGAACGGGCUAGACAUGUGUGUGGACAGACUCAGGCUCGAGGUCGCUCAAGUCGAGCCCACUCUCCUGCCUGUUCAGGGUUUAGGGUCUAGCAAAACCCUGGCUGCUGGUGCAGCUGAGGGUGCUGGUGAGGGGACUGCUGGUGGGGGGAGUGGCAGUGGCUCGGCUGGUGCAGGAGCCACUGGUAUGGAUGAGGAUCGCAAGGGCAAGGCUCCGAUGGUGGAAGAGGAGGGUGCAGGAGGGGGAGCAGGCGUAGGGUCGAGCGGCGGCGCUGGUACGGCAUCACCUGCUGCUGCUGGCGGAUCCGCUACAGCGCCAGCAGUGCUGACCUACCGGCAGCGCAGCCUGAUUAAAGCCCUGCUGCGCGUCAGCUCCCUGGUCAGCUUCCGACCAGGCAGCACUGUCAGGCUCGCCUCAGCCUCCCCCGAGCAAGGGGGCAUGGGACGGCUGCCGGACUGCCUGGCGGCCGUGUUUCGGCACGCGAAGGAGUUCGGAGGAGGCGUGUUUGCGCUGGCAGCGUCGGUGAUGAGCGAGCAGAUCCACCACGAGCCCACCAGCUUCGCUGUGCUGGAUGCUGCCGGGCUGCCCAAGACGUUUGUGGACGCUGUCAAGGCUGGUGUGCUGCCGUCGUCAGAAGCCAUCUGUUCCAUCCCCAACGCUCUCCUCGCCUUCUGUUUUCGUUUCGACCCCCACUUCUCUUAUCCCGCUAAAUCCCUCCCUCCCCUCCUUUCCCCCUUCCCAGGCGUGUUACCGUCGUCAGAAGCCAUCUGCGCCAUCCCCAACGCGCUACUCGCCUUCUGCCUCAACCAGCGCGGGCUACAGCUCGUCACAGACUCCCACGUGCUCGCCUGCCUGCCCGCCCUCUUCACCUCGCGCCAGUACUCGCGCCCCCUGGCGGGGGACACGGCGUCCGUGCUGGGAUCCGGGCUGGACGAGCUCAUGCGCCACCAGGUGAGCCUCCGCCAGCCCCUCAUGGGCGCCGUUGUGGGCGCCCUUAGGGAGAUUGCGCGCAUGGGGGGCCUGGAGGAGCGGAAGGGGAGGCGAGGGGGAAGGGGAGGGGGGGAGGGAGGGGACUCGUGGGAAGGGGAGAUGCGGGGAGGAGGGGAUGGUGGGGGGGAGGAGGGGGUGAGGGCGAAGGAGGAUGAUGCGGAUAGCGGGAGGCCGGUGGGGAGUGGCGGGGGUGGGGAGGAGGGGGCAGCAGGAGUGGGGCAAGGAACAGGGGGAGGGACAUCAGGGGCGGGUGCAUGUGGUGCGGGUGCGUCAGGGGAAGGCGCACAAGGGCAAGGUAGCAGACAGGAUGGGGAGGGUGACGCGGCUGUGCCCAUGGAAACAGAUGGGGGGAACCAGGGGGCAGAGGCAGAAGCAGCAGCAGCAGCGCCAGUCGCUGCAGCAGCCACAGGGGAGCAGCCACGGGUUGAGACCGAGGAGGGCCAGAGUGUGUCUCCAGGACCAGCAGGGGAGGCACUGGCUUCUGGCGUGGUUGCAGAAGAGCCGGCGGUAGAGACAGCGGGAGCUGGAUUGGCGGUUCCUGGUUCGGAAGCAGUUAUGGCCGAGGCAGAACCGGCAGAACCGGCAGAAGCAGGAGCAGCAGGAGAGGCAGCAGGAGCAGGAGCAGCUGGGACGGCAGGUACUGGGGCAGCUGCUGCUACCACCGCUGUCACCACCUCUGCCACCACCACAAGCAGCGUCAAGGAGACGCUCACCCCAGCAGAGCUAGAGGCGUUCCUCCCAGACUGCAUCAGCAACAUGGCUCGCCUGCUGGAAGCCGUUCUCUCCAACGAAACCAGCAGCCGCGUCUUCCUUGACCUCCGCGGCCUGGACGCACUCCUAGCACUCUACACACUGCCGCGCCUGCCGCUGCUCUUCGGCACGUCCCCUGCCGCCCAGGGGAUCUCCAUGACCAUGAGGGCGUUCGGGCCCAGCCACGCCUCUGCUGUGUCCCGCGGGGUGGCGUCCGCACUCAAGAAGCAUGUCAAGUGUGCUGUCGCGUUUGUCACUACGUCCCUCUCGUCAUUCUCCCCUGCUACCGCACCUCCUGCCUCUGAUGCUGUGGGUGCUGCUGCCACAGCCGCUUCAACAGGCCCUGCUGCUGCUGCCGCUGUACCAAGUGGUGCUGCUGCAGGAGCUUCAGGUGCAGGCUCAUCUGCAGUAACAAUCGGGCGGCACCAGUUGUCUGACCUGGACGUGGAGUCACGGGAGUCGCUCCUGCGCGCCCUGGGAGUAGCAGAGAGCCUGCUCUCGCUCUCCGCCGUGCUAGUGCGCGCCACUGCUCUCUCUGUCCCCGACCUCGCGUCGUCCAGCGGAGAGGUGUUCCGAGACGUGGCUGUGCUUCACAGAGAGGCGCUCUGGCAGCUCGCCGUGCUGGAGCACAAGGGAGUGCCGCCUCCUGCCGCCGCCGCCGCUUCUUCUGCUGCUGCUGCUGCAGCAGAGGCUGGGGGGAGUGUAGGGGGAGGAGGAGCAGGGGGAGGAGAGGGAGCAGGCCCUGAUAAUGGUCCUGAGGCAGGGGUGAGCGGCGCUGCUGAUGCUUCUGCCGCUGCCGCUGGUUCAGCUGGUGCGGGGACCACAGAUGCUGCGGGGAGGAAGAAGCCAGAUGGUGCCAUACAGAAGGAGGUGCUUGGGCGGCUAGUAGUGGCCGUGCGUCUGUUUGAAGUAGCCGUUGGGAAGGCGAUAGUUCCUUCUCGAAGGCGGGACGAUGCUGUGGUGCUGACAGGGCAUGCGAAGGUGGCCUCAGCAGCCCUCGCACAGACCUUCCAGGAGAAUUUAGGUUUAGGGUUUGCCGGGUGCGACCCGGGGAGGAGCAGCAGUGUGGAGGCGUGCUCUAGUGAGGAGAUACUGGAUUGUCCGGCAGUGCGGUGUGUGUAUCUGGGGAAGAUUGUGGAUGAUAUGUUUUCGCUGAUAGUUGAUCCGCGGCGGCACACGUGCAACAGCAUGCUGCUGAGAUUCUUCCACGCGCACGGGGCUGUGAAGCAGCUGUUUGCGUCGCUGCAGUGGGUGGUGCGGGUGAUGUGGGCCGAGCAGGAGCGGCAGGUGAAGGAGCGGAAGGAGAAGGCUGAGAAGGCUGAGGGGGGCGAGAAGGAGAAGGCAGAAAAGGAAGCGGGCAGUGUGGGAGUAGAGGUAGCAGGAGGUACAGUGGCUCAGAUGGAAACGGAUGGGUCAACCGAUGCAGCAGCAGCAGCAGUAACGGGGGAGAAGAAGAGCGCAGGUGACGGCUCUAAGGAUGGGGGCAACAAGGGCACGGGUUCUCUUGUGGGAUCGGGUUCCUUUUCGCUGCCUCCGUGGCUGCACUCCCCUCUCCAGAGCUAUUUCCGUCUCAUGGACUGCCUCACCAACUCCCACCUCCUGCUCGCCCCCUCCUCCACCAGCAUUUUCCUCACCCACCAGCUCUCCCGCUCAGUUGAACCCGCCCCAGCUAAGCCUGAGGACUUCCUCCGGGCCAUGCAGUCGCAGGUGCUAUCUAUCAUGCUGGACGUUUGGUCCCACCCGCUCUUCUCCCAGUCUGGUCUUGCUGUUAUCUCCCCGGUGGUGACUCUGCUCACCCGUGUGCUUCAAGGGUUGAGUGAAACCGCUCCAGCAGCAGCAGGGGGUUCUGCUGCUGCUGCUGCUGCUGCUGCGGGUGCAGGGACUGGUGCAGGGGCAGGUGCAGGAGCGGGCGGAGCGGCAGCAGCAGGGGCAGGAACAGGGGCAGGGGCAGGUGGAGCGAGCGGCGCAGGGGGGCAGGGAGGCGCAGCAGUGUCCGCAGCUGCCCUGGCUGCUGCGGUGCUGGGAGGGCGGAUGCCGCCUGGACCUGUACCCACUCCAGUAGAUGAGGCUUUAGUGGAGCUGAUAGUAGAAAUGGGGUUCCCUAGGGAGCGGGCAGAGGAGGCCUUGCGGCAGGUGGGGAACAAUUUAGAUCUCGCUAUGGAGUGGCUCAUUAGCCAUGUGCCAGAUGAGCCUCCCUCGGAAGAAGACGAGCUCGCCCGCGCGCUCGCUUUGUCUCUUUCUGGUAAUGAUGGGGACGGCGGAGGUGGGACUAGUGCGGGUGGGCAGCAGGGUGGGGAGGAGGGAGCAGGUAAGGCAGGAGAAGGGAAAGAGGGGGAGGAGAAAGGGAAGGGAAAAGAGAAGGAGAAGGAGGAGAAAGAGGAGGAGACGGAAGGAGAGAAGGAGGGGCGGAAGGAGGUGAGGGUGGAGGAGAUGUUGGGGACGAUAGUGCGGGUGUUGAGGGACGGGGGGGAGGGCGCUGUGUUCCCCAUGACCGACCUCCUGCUCGCCCUCUGCAGGCGCAACGCUGGCACAGACAGGGCUGCUGUUGUGACGUUUCUGGUGGGGCAGCUGAAAGAGUCCUGCGUGCAGGCGAAAGAAUCCCCUAGCCGCGUCGAGAGUGAGAAGCAAGGCAGCAGCGAGGGAAAAGAUUGCGGAGCAGAGAAAAGGGAGGAGGAGAAGGCUGCUGCUGGUUUACCAUCUUCGCUGCAGGCCUUGCAAUCCGCCUUGGCGCACUGCUUGGCUGUGCUGCUCUCAGAAGACCUGCCCUGCUCGGACAUAGCAGCCAAGGAGGGCCUCGCUGCAGUUGCUCUUCACAUGCUCUCUGGGUACGUCUCGUCUGUCUGCCCCGACUACCACCCGCUGACUCUCCCUCUUGCUGCACUCGCCUCACCUCCCAGCAAGAGCCGGUCGCAGCAGCACGGCAGUGCGGGGGUGGCGGGUCAGCGGGUAGAGAGUAAAGCAGGUGCUGAUGAGGGGAUAGGGGGGAAAGGAGGGCAAGGAGGAGAGGGGCGUGAGGGGCUUGGGGAGGUGCCCAAGUGGGUGCCGUCUCUGUUCCUGGUGCUGGACUCCCUCGUGCAGUGGAAGGUGCCUGGCACAGGGGUACGAGGGGAAGCAGGUACAGCAGUGGCAGCGGGAGCAGCGGGAGCAUCAGGGGCAGCAGGGGCGACAGCAAGCACAUGGGGAGCGGCAGCAGCAGAUGCACCUAUCUCCUUCGCGUCUAUACUGGCAGGUGUUGCAGGUGGGGCAGGAGCAGCAGCAGCGGAUCCAGGUGCAAGCGCUGCAGCACCUUCCGAUCCAGCUGGUACUGGUGCAGCUGCUGCUGCCGGGGCGUCACAGGCUCCAUCCGGGGCAGGUGUAUCUGCCACGGCCGCCCCAGCAGCCAGCAAGGGCAAGGAGGCAGCAGAGGCAGAGAAGCGAGAGGGCAAGGAGGAGAACCGGUUCACAGAGAUCGUGGGGCUGUCAACAGGGUACCUAUCAGACAACGAGAAGGCCCAAGCCAUGGCCCUCAUCUGCCCUCUCAUCCGCUGCCACCCCCCACCGUCUCUCUGCCAGGCUCUCCUCCACCUCGCCUCACGCCUCUCCCGCUCGCACCCCGUGGCUCUCCUGUUUCUGGACCAGGGGGGGGUGGCGGCUCUCCUCGCCCUGCCCUUCUCCUCCAUCUUCCCGGGGUUUGAGAGUCUCGUGUCAGCGGUGGUGCGGCAUGUGCUAGAGGACCCGUUCACGCUGCUGCAUGCUAUGGAAGCGGAGAUCAGGCACAGCCUCACCACGCUGGCAACUCAGCAUGGGGGCCGUGUGUCCCCUCGUGUGUUCCUGGGCGCUAUGAGUCCUCUUGUCGCCCGUGAUCCGUUCGCGUUUCUGCAGGCGGUGGGGAAUGUGUGUGAGGUGGAGAGCAUUGGUGGGCGGCAGGUGGUGGUGCUGAAACGGGAGAAGGAGAAGGAGAGGGAGAAGAAGGAAAAGGAGGAGAAGGAGAAGGGGAGGGAGAAGGAGAAAGGAAAGGAGAAGGGGCUUGGGGAGAAGGAACAGAGAGUAGGAGCAGCACCAGAAGCAGCAGCAGCAGCAACAGCAGCAGCACCAGGGCAACCAAGCACCUCUGCUCCAUCCCCAGCUCCAGGCCACACCACUCACCACCACUCCUCACCUCUUUCAGCCUCUCCGCAAACCUCUCCGCCGCCUCCCCAUCCCCCCACGGGUCACUACAGCAAGUCAGCAGACGGCAAGGUGUUGACAUGGGUUUCCAAGUCAGGGCGGGUGCGCAAAGUCCCUUGGAGCUUCGCCUCUGUGGUCGACCAGCUCCUGACCUACCUGCAGCACUUCCCGCCACCCGAAAAAGCACCUGAGGGAGCACCUGGGAAGCGGUCUGAGGGGCAUGGGGUAGCUGCUAUGGAGGUUGGGGUUGGUGCUGGUCUGGGAGGGGAGGCAAUGGAGGUGGACGCAGAGGGGCCCGAGAAUAAAGCAGCCGAAAGGGAAGGAGAGAAGGAAGUAGAGAAGGAGGCAGGGAAGGAGGAGAAGGAGAAGGCGAGGCAGCAGCAGGAGGUCGAGGAGAAGGAGAAGGCGAGGCAGCAGCAGGAGGUCGAGGAGAAGGAGAGAGUGGAGUUUGCAAUCUCGCGAACGACGCUGGUGCUGCGUCUGCUCACAGAGAUCCUGCUGGCGUAUUCUGCUGCCAGCACUCUCGUGCUGCGCAGGGAUGCAGAGUCGGCUGCUGCUGUGGGUGCUUCACCAGCAGCGGUGGGUGCAGGUUUGGGUGCAUCAGCAGGGGUGGGCGCGCCACAGCCGCACAGGGGAACCACGUCCCGUGCACACAAGCACACUCCAGACAAGCAUGAGCACAAAUCCAAGCCUGACCACCAACACCACCACCACCGGUUACAGCCUUCACCAGGCAAGCCUGACUCGGCCGCAGGCGCAUCUGCAUCUGCAUGGGCAUCCCGAGGGGGCAUAGUGCACCACGUGUUGCACGAGCUGCUGCCACACCUCAGCGACAAGCCCAGCACCGCAUCAGCAGCAGCAGCAGGAAGCAGUGCAGCAGCGCAGGGCGGGUCCUCCCACCCGGGGCACCACCGGCUGGGCACCCAGGCGUCUGCGUUCCUCAUUGCGCUGUGCGUGCGCUCGGGCGAGGGCCGGCGCCGCGUGCUCUCAGAGAUUUCCAAGAGUCUGAGCCGCUUUGGAAAGGAGGAUGGCGGGAGGGCAGGGGAGGUGCGGCAGCAGGAAAAGGCAGGAGCAGCUUUGAUGGGAGAAGCAGCUGCAGCAGGAGCGGGAGCAGCAGAUGGAGUAGGGGAAGGUGGGGCAACAGCGGUUUCGGGUGCAAAAGCAGCAGAAGUUGCUGCUUUGAAGCUUCAAGUGCCCAACAAGCAAGUGAGAUCUUUCCUUGACCUCAUGAACGCACUGCUCUCUACCCAGUCGUCCAAUGGGAGCAAUCCACCUGGCGGGCCAGGCAGCUCCGCACAAACCUCUGCCUUUGCUGCAGAGAUGGCCAAGACGGCUCUUGAGGUGGGCAUGCUGCCAAACCUCCUCGAGACUCUGAGUGUAAUUGAUCUGAACCACCCCGAUUCCCCGAAGCUGGUGAAUUCGAUCCUCAGGGCUCUGGAGGUGCUCACCCGAGCCUCAGCUUCGGAAGCGCGUGCCGAGCCUGGGAGAGGUCCGGCAUCAGGGCAGCGCGUUUCAGUGGGUGUAACCAGGGGUGUAGGUUCGGGAAGGCAGGAAGCAGGCUCGGCAGGGGCUGGAGGGGCGCCGAGCCAAGCAGCAGUGGAAGGGGGGACCGCAGGGGCGGAACCAGGUACGAAUGCGGGGACAGUAGUAGGAGGAGGUGGGGAAGGUGGCGGUGCUGAUACAGCCAUGGGUGAUGCUGGUGGGGAGGGAGGGAGAGCAACGGCUUCCGGAGGUGAAGAUGCAGGAACAGAUGCUGGGGGUGAGAGGAUGCGAGGGGGGGAUGAGGAGGGGAGGCAGCAGGGAGGCGAGGAGACAGGCGGGGCAGGGGCGGAAGAGAGAAGGGCGAUGGAGCAGGAUGAAAGGCAUGGGGGGGAGGAGGAGGAGGAGGAAGGCGGGAUGGCGCAUGAAGCAGAGGCAAUUAUAAGAAGAGUGGAGGGCGGGGGGGGCAUGAGAGGGCCCAUGCAGCUGAGGUUCCAGAUCCGAGAAUUUGAUGGUAUGGGGGAGGAUGAGGAUGGGGAGGAGGAUGAUGAUGAUGGGGAUAUGGAGGGAGAGGAGGAUGGGGAGGACGACGAGGAUGGGGAGGAUGAUAUCGAGGAUGGGGAUGAGGAGGAUGAGGAGGGAAUGGAGGAGGGGGAUGAAGAGGACGAGGAUUUGGAAGAGGAGGAAGAUGAGGAUGAUGAUGAAGAUGAUGAGGAUGAUGAGGAUGAGGAGGAGGAUGAGGAGGGGCAUGGGCAUGGAGGGGAGGACAACGGGCAUCUCCCUCAGGGUGGCAUGGGCAUGGGGGAAGACAUGGAGGACCACGAGGAGGAGGAGGAGCGCGCAGCCCGGGCCUUGCGGCGCGACUUUGCACGUGGGCUGGCAGAGGAGGAUGAGGAGGAGGACGAUGAGGGAGAUGAGGAUGAUGACAUGGACGAGGAUGAGGAGGAGGCUGAUGAUGAGGAUCUGGAGGACUGGGAGGAGGACGGAGCGAGGUUUAUCGAGGUGCGAUGGCGGGACGAUGUCACGGGAGCCAAUCACGUGCAUCUGCUCGCGGGCGGUGCGGAUGUGGCUGGGUUGAUGGACCUUCCGGGGUUUAUGCAGCGGGAUGUGCUGAACGAUCCGCUGUAUGCGGAUAUGAAUGAGCCGGUGUGGGGGUGGGGGCGGCACUUAGCGAGUCACCAGCGCAGAGCGGCGGUGAGAAGCACGCUGCAGGGCCAGCAGCAGCUGGCGCAGGGGCAGGGCGCGGGGCAGGGGCAGGCGGGGCGGAUGGGAGCAGGUCCCUUGCAUGUUCACCCGCUGCUGGCUCGACCGUUCGCCCCUGGAGCAGCACCGACAGACGCUGCCUCCGCGUCUGCCCCUGCUCACGCCUCUGCAGCACCAGGAUCACGUCUCUUUAACCUCCUGGCGGGGAUGCAGGGGAUGAUGGGGGGAGUGGGCGGGCCGAUGGGGGCUGGGGGCGGGCAAGGGCCAGGAAUGGAAGUAGAUGCGGCAUUUGCGAGGGAUGUGGCGUCUCUAAUGAUGGCGUAUGAGAAUCCUUUCCUGGAAGACAUGCUGCAGGCCCGGGGCCUGCUUGACCCUCGUGGCAUGGGCGGCAUGGGCGGCAUCAUGGGCGGCAUGGGCGGCGUGGGCGGCAUGGGGAUAGGGCAUCCGUCAGGGGUGGAGUUUGAUCCGGGGAGGGCGAGGGCGAUGGGGGUGAGUGGGCUGGGGCCGGUGGUGGGAGGGGCGGCGGGGCGAGGGGAGUUUGGGAGGGUGAAUCGGUGGACGGAUGAUGGGCUGCCGCAGCCUGCCGGGACGGGUGCUGCUGUUGCUCAGGCGCUGGAAAGUGCUUUCCUGCAGUCCAUGCAAGGGUUGCGCGAGGCAGGGAGAGGGGGAGGGAGGGAGGGAGGAGAGGCGGGGGGGCAGAGAGGUGGUGGUGCGGGGAGGAAUGGGGAGAGGCAGCAGGGGAGGGGGAUGGGAGGAGAGGGGCAGCAGCGGCAGCAAGGGGAGGGGCAGGAGGAGGGGCAGAGGGAGCAGGAGAGGGAGGUGAGGCAAGAAGGUGGUAGUGGGGCGGCAGGGGCAGGAGGAAGUGGUGGGGCAACUGCAGGAGCAGCAGCAGAAGCUGCUGCGGCAGGAGCAGCAGCAGGAGCAGGAGCAGCAGCAGGAGAGCAGGCAGAUGCCGACACCACUCAGACCGGUACAGGAACAGGAGCAGAGGCAGAAGCAACAGCAGCAGCAGCAGCAGCAGGUACGGAAUCAGGUAGAGGAGCAGAGGAGGAGGGCAUUGUAGCAGGAGACGUGCAGAUGGGCGAGAGAGGGAGUGAGAGGGAGAGAGAGGCAGAGGCGGAGGUGGAAGUGGCAAGUCAGGACAGUGGGGGUAGUGGGUUCACGGCUGGGGAGAGCCUGAGGAGCCUGGAGGUGGAGGUGGGGAGCAUAGACGGGCGGGAUGACAUGCUUCUGCCUGGUGCCGCUGCUGGUGCUGCCCUGCCUGCCGCUCCUGCUGCCGCAGCUGCUGCUGUUCCUGCUGCUCCUCCUCCUCCCCCUCUUCCUCCUGCUAUAGCUGGCCUUUCUGCUACUACAGCUGAGCUUUCUGCUAUUACAGCUGAGCUUUCUGCUGCUACAGCCAGGCUCUCUGCUGCAACGGCUGGGCUUUCCGCUGCUACAGCAGCUACAACUGCUGCUCCAGCUGUGCCGGGCUUAGAAGGAGAGGCGGUGCCGGCUGCAGCAGCUGCUUUGGCUGCCAGUAAUGCUGGUGGCACGGCAGCAGAGCAGCAAGUCGGAGAGGGAGGCACACCAACGCAGGUGGCAGGGGAUACGGCGCAAGGAACAGCAGCGGUAGACACAGCAGGGGUGACUGCCAUGGAAAUGGGGGAGGCGAUUUCACCUGGUAGUGCUGCAGCGGAUGCAGCCGCGGGUGCUUCAGGUGGUGCAGCAGGCACGAGCACAGGCGGAGCAGCAGCAGCAGCAGCAGACGAGGAGGAGGAUCUCCCAGAGAUCGACCCAACCUUCCUGGAGGCUCUACCGGAGGACCUAAGGGCAGAGGUACUAGCCUCCUUCCACGUGGAGCGAGCUGCCCGCCAGGCCCGCCAGAGACGCGCCCAGCAGCAGGCCGCACAGCCACAGGGGCAGGCGGGGGGAGGCGCGGCCGGAGGAGGAGCAGGGGGAGCGGAGGGCGCCGGGGGCGCAGUGGGAGCAGGGGGAGUGGGUGGGGCGGGAGCAGGAGGAGGAGCAGCAGCAGGGUUGGGAGGGGAGGAUACAGGGGAGCUGGAUCCGGAAUUCUUAGCAGCGCUGCCGCCGGAUAUUCAGGCGGAGGUGCUGGCACAGCAGCAGGCGCAGCGCCUCAUGGCUGCAGCAGCAGCAGCAGGUGCGGAUGGGCAUCCUGUGGACAUGGAUAGUGCGUCUAUCAUUGCUACAUUCCCUGAGGAGCUGCGAGCAGAGGUCCUGCUGACCUCAUCGGAAGCAGUGCUGGCAUCGCUCCCGCCCGCCCUGCUAGCUGAAGCCCAGCUGCUGAGAGAGCGAGCCAUGCAGCAGCAGUACUCUGUUAGGCACCAGCACCCCGCACACCCCCACCACGCCAUCUUCGGCGGUCCCAUCCGCCGCUCUCCCGCUGUUGCUGGCGGUACCACCGCCCACCGCCGCCCACCGCACCCGUUCGCUGUGGCUGCUGGGGAGGGCGGUGUGGGAGAAUUCACCAGGGGGUUCAUUGCCGCGGGGAUGGGGAGGAGGGAGCGGGAGGGCGCUGGGGCUGGGGCGGGGACGGGGGCGGGGGGAAGUAAAGGUGGUGGGGAAGGGGGAGAGGAGGAGAAGGCGCCUGUGGUGGAUGAGAGGGCGCUCAAGGCGCUCAUUCGCCUGCUGCGCAUCUCCCAGCCGCUGCAAAAGGCCCUGCUGCCGCGUCUACUGACCAACCUCGCCUCCCACGCCACCACCCGUGCAGCCCUUGUGCGCAUCCUGCUAGAUCUGCUGCGCCCCGAUGCCGAUCCAACGGACCAGCACCCCACAGGGCAGCAUCCAACGGACCAGAAUGCAGCAGCCGUGCCAGGUGCUGCAGCAUCUGCAGCGGAAGGCAGUCAGGCUGCACCACCUGCAGCACCUGAAACGCCUGCAGCACUCGGAGCGGCUGCAGCUGUUGAGGGUGUGGGUGAGGGUGUGGUAGCAGCAGACGGCGCACCACCACACCAGCUGUACUGCUGCCAGUCCAACGUGGUGUAUGCUCGACCGCAGCGACCCAACAGCAUUCCUCCCCUCGUCUCUCGCCGUGUGCUCGAGCUGCUGGUGUACCUGUCGCGCCACUCCAUGGCUGCCACGCAGCUGCUGCUGCUCUUCCCCUCCGCGCUCACUCGCUUGGCUCAGCAGCAGCGGGAGGAGCGGGAGCGGGCAAAGGAACGCAAGGGCAAGGCGAAGGUGGCGGAAAUAACAGAGGAUUCUGCAGGGGGAGCGGCAGGAGGAGCAGCAGGAGGAGCAGCAGGAGGAGCGGCUAAAGCAGAGGAGUUGGUGGAGACGGGUGUUGUGGGCAGGGGAACGAAGGGGAAGAGAAAAGAGGGUGUUGAUGGGGAGGCGGAGGAGGAAGGGGGAGAAGGGGAGGUGCCGUUUGUGCUGAUGCUGCAUCUGUUGAGACAGCCUCUGUACCUGCGUAGCUCGCCCCACUUGGAACAGCUGCUGCGUCUCAUACAGGUGGUAGUUCGCGCAGCAGCAGAGUCAACUUUGUCUUAUGGACGGGUCAGCCCUCUUGCUGUUGCUCAUCUCUCCUCCCCACUUUCCCCCCUUUCCCCCCGUUACCCCCAUGCGUGCCCUGCCGAGGCAGCGGCAGAGGUUCGGAUGGAGGGUGGUUCAGGUCCGGGGACUGCCGAGGCUGGACCUGCGGGUGGGGAUGUAGAGAUGGGAGAGAGGGAGAGAGAAGACGGAGGGGAGGGGCAAGCAGGGCAGGAGGGGCAGGAGGGGCAGGAGGGCAGAGAGCAACUAAGUGAAACCCAAGAAGGAGCUCCAGCAGCUGCGGCAGAGACUGCAGCAGCGGCAACAACAGCAGCUGCAACAGCCGAUGCUGCCGAUCUUUUAACUGGAACAGAUACUGCUACUGCUCCCUCGGCUGCUGCUACCAUCCCACCCGCUUCCACACCCACAUCCCCUCCCACCAGCAUGGCACAACCCCCUGCCCCCGCUGCUCCACCCGCUCCCCCAGUGCCCAUCCCAGUGACAGUCUUCCUCCGCAUUCCCCACCCUGACCUCCGCAUUCUCUCCCAGCUGCUCGCCCAGGAGGGCCUCUCAGACGCCUCCUACUCGCGUGCUGUGGCUGUGCUGAGGCUGGUUACUGCUGUGGUUCCCAAGUACCGUGCACUGUUUGUUGCUGACCUGGCAGAGGCGGCACGCCAGCUCAGCUCGCCGGCCACGCGGGAGUUGCUAGAGGUGGUGGAGGGGGCGGAUGGUGGGGAGGGUGGGGGAGAGGAGGGAGCAGGUGCAGGUGUAGGAUCAGCAGGAGUAGCAACGGAGAGUGAGAGAGCGAAUAUGGAAGGGCAGGAAGGAGCAGCAGAAGCAGCGGCAUCUCAAACACCACCAGCAGCGCCAUCAGCGCUAGCUGCUGUAAGCGGCAAGCCAUGGGGGCUGACGAGAGCAGGAGCAGCCACUCUCCGCGUCCUCAAGACCCUCACCUCCCUCCUCUCACAACCCGCCUCCUCCCUCCCACUCGCCUGGGAUGGUGACUCCCCCUCAGGACCGGCAUCCGAGGCAGAAUGCCAGGCUGUCAUAGCUGACCUGGUCACAUCGCUCCACCCUCUCUGGCAAGUCCUAUCCGAGUGCUGUGGCAAGCUUGAGGCUCGGUACAAGAAACACCCGGCCCUGUCCGCUUCGGCCGGACCUGCAGGUUCGGCGGCGGAGGGUGCGGCAGGCGUGGGAGGAGGGGCGGCAGGGGGAGGUGCUGUGCCGCCGCUGCCAUCAGCAGCACAGCAGCUGUUACCAUUCGUGGAGUCGUUCUUUGUGUUGUGUGACAAGACAAGCAGCAAGGGGAAGGAGCGCCAUCGCCGCCUGCUCAACGCGUUCGUACGCGGCAACCCGGCGCUUCUAGAGCGGUCCUUUGCAGUGCUGCUCAAGUGGGCGUGGGUGCUGGACUUUGACAACAAGCGCGCUUACUUCAGGGCGAGGAUGAGGCAGCUGCAUGAGCAGCCGCAUUACGGGACUCUGAGGAUUACGCUACGCAUGCGCACAGCAGAGGAGCUGCAGGGGCGGCUGAAUGUGCACUUCCAGGGGGAGGAGGGGAUCGACGCAGGACUCCGUAUGCGCACAGCAGAGGAGCUACGGGGGAGGCUGAACGUGCACUUCCAGGGGGAGGAGGGCAUCGACGCAGGAGGGGUGACGCGCGAGUGGUACCAACAGCUGUCGCGUGUGGUGUUUGACAAGGGCGCUCUGCUCUUCACCACUGUCGGCAACGACACCUCCUUCCAGCCCAACCCUAAUAGUGUGCUGCAGCCGGGUCACCUCUCCUACUUCAAAUUCGUCGGCCGCGUGGUGGCAAAGGCACUGUACGAUGGGCAGCUAUUAGACGUGCACUUCACGCGGUCAUUCUACAAGCACAUCCUGGGCGUGAAGGUCACGUUCCAUGACAUAGAGGCCAUCGACCCGGACUACUACAAGAACCUGCAGUGGAUGCUCGAGAACGACAUCAGUGACAUCCUGGACCUCACGUUCAGCAUGGACGCGGAUGAGGAGAAGCGCAUUCUGUACGAGCGCACUGAGGUGACAGACCACGAGCUCAUUCCUGGAGGGCGCAACAUCAGGGUGACGGAGGAGAACAAGCACGAGUACGUGGACGCUGUAGCCGACUACCGCAUGACGGCUGCCAUUCGCCCGCAGAUCGCGGCGUUCAUGGAGGGAUUCACGGAGCUCAUACCCAAGGAUCUCAUCGCCAUGUUCAACGACAAGGAGCUGGAGCUGCUCAUUUCUGGACUGCCUGAGAUUGACAUUGACGACCUGCGCAGCAACACAGACUACACGGGGUACACAGCAGGGUCACCACAGAUCCAGUGGUUCUGGGACGUGGUGGCUCAUCUCUCCAAGGAGGACCGCGCUCGCCUGCUGCAAUUCGUCACUGGCACAUCCAAGGUUCCGCUGGAGGGUUUCAAGGCGCUGCAAGGGUUGUCGGGGCAGCAACGCUUCCAGAUCCACAAGGCGUAUGGUGACAACAAGAGGUUGCCCUCCGCUCACACAUGUUUCAACCAAUUGGACCUGCCGGAAUACAGCACCAAGGAGCAGUUACAGGAACGACUUCUGUUGGCCAUUCACGAAGCCAGUGAGGGCUUUGGCUUCGGCUAA